AUGAGUGAUAAAGAGCCAUUAUUAAAGAAACAUAACAAACUACUUGAUGACAAUGAUAGUGACAAUGAAAACAAAAGUUUUUCGGAGUGGCGUAGAUAUUUCAAUCAGCAAAAGACUGAUGCUAAGAAUAAAAAGUUAGAUGAUGAGAUCAACCAAACUACUAAAGAUAUUCCAGUCGGUGUUUUACAAUUGUUUCGAUUUGCUGAUCGUAUUGAUAUUCUUCUUUUAAUUCUUGGUCUGUGUUUCAUGUUGGUGCAUGUAGUUGGUACUCUCGCAAAUGUAAUUCUUUUUGGUCGGAUCACGGGAUUAUUUGCCACUACAUCAUUUGCUGUUGAUUGUGAUAAUCAAUAUCAAAAUUUAGCAUCUACAAUUAUCAAUAAUACUAUAUGUCCUCUUGGUAUUGGUCUUAAUCCAUUAAAUUAUGAUCGAUUAAAUAAACUAUGCCAUUAUGAUAAUAAAACGAUUUCAUCCACAUUAUCUCCAUUAACGCCUUUAUUUCACGACAAUGUUAUGCAUCUUGUUUAUUGGUUCUUUGGUGAGUAUAUUGAAUAG